AUGCAGCAAUGUGGUUGCAGCAAUUUGCAGCGUCGCUUUAGAGAAAAAAAGUUAAUCCUGCGGAAGGAAUUAUUAAUUAACAUUCGUGCUCCAACAUCUUGUCCAUCCCGCACGUGCGAACCGUACAGAUGGACCUGUUGGACCCCGUACCGAUUUACAUUUACAGGUCGUGCCUCCUCUACACGGUGGAAUACAGGCUGGCACCGCAAUGGAACAAAGUCGGGCUGUAUCUUGUCGAGGGGCAAGGCUUCCUCGGCUCGACGGGGAGCGUCAAUGCGAUCAUGCUGAAAAUUAAAGAGAUCUAUGAUAGCAACGCCGUACUUCACAUAAGCGCUGUAAAUCUGAAGAUACCAUUCUUAAGGUUGAACAUGACGCGCACCUUGCAAGACGAUUUACAGCCGCCAGUACGUGUGCUACCAAGCAUGAAAAUGGCGAAUGUAUUGCGCGUGUCGAAAAUAAUUAAAAGCCAACACGUGUUCGACGAUUACGAAAAGUUGCGCGCAUAUUGGAGAAACAUGCACGGCUAUGUGCUGCCAGACUACGAGGAAGGAUCCUUGUUUUACGACAUUGAGUUUUUCUACUUCAAAUCCUGCGUUUUCCUAUAUCCGGAAACGUGUCUGGCCUCGGGACCUCUGGAAGUUCUUCCGCCUCCGAUGGAUCCGGUAUCCAGAAUCUAUAAAUUUACGGAAGAGCUGAGGGAAAGGGUGACCCAACUGUGCGGCCAGCAACUGGACAUAUGUCCAGAAAGCACGUAUCAGCUACCUGCUGUAACACCAAUUCCAUCGCGAUUUAACAGAUUCGCCACUUGCGACACAGGAUACGGCACAGAAUCGGAAAGAAUUAAGAGUACGGCUCGGUUCCGAACGCCCGAUACGUGCGAGAUCCCCGCAAAACGGUCGCGAAUGCCGCUGCCGAGGGCUAGUCAAUCCCUGACGUGCGGGAUCGAAGUCGACGAUUACGAUUUCGGGAUCAGUCCGAUGUGCUCCGCGAACGAAUUUAAGUCUCCGAAAACUCCCAGCAAUAUUUCGAGCAUUUUAUACAGAGCAGAUAGCACUGUACCAGUCGUAGAGGAAAAUGAGAGAAAAUCAUCCUACUUCACGCAAGAGGAGCAAGAAACUGAAGUAUAUCUCAAACCAGAUCAGGAGCUGGCGGACAAGGAAGAGAAACCCGAUAACUUGACUUUAAAGGAAAAGCUGUUACGGAAUUUUUGAAAUUACUUAUUUUCCUGCAGAUUAAUAUUGCAGUAAUAAUCAUUUUUAUUUAUUUCUUUCAUAAAACAGUUGCGACAUUUUUAACAGAAUAUAAUUUAAUUGAAGAAGAGACUUUUACAUAAUCAAAUUAUAAAUUAAAUAUUUAUUUAUUGUAGGAACUCGAUGUUUUAGAUUUCUCUCUUAUAAUCAAUAAAAAUCUGUAUACAUAUUAAUUUAUAAAACAUUAUCAAACAUUAUUAAAAAUAAACAUUAUAAAA